AAGAGACUGAGACAGAGACAGACCUCAGCUCAGUCCUGCGGCUCCCAUUGGCUGGCAGUUUGUACAAAAUCCAACUCGAACCACUUCACUCACAACACACCAACAAAUGCUAAAGGCGUACAUGCAGCCUCCUCCAUCACUCCGCUGCUGUCGCACCGCUUCUAAACCUGAUGCACGCGCUCCACGUUUAACUUUUAUCCGCGCUGUUGUUCUGCAACUGAAGAAGACGGCUACUUCUUCUUCUGCUGCUUGGGUUUGUGGGGGUUUUAUGCGCCAGGACGCUGUUCAUCUGCACUGAGUUUUAUUAUUUCUCCUGGAGGAAACCAAGUAGACAAAGAACUUUACUGUCGUCGAUACCAGGGUGCCCGGUGUAACACGGACCACACGGCGAACAGAGGACACCAAGUACAUAACGGGAGCUCCAUCAAUUUUUCAAAAUUUUCUCCAACUUCAGCCCUCAGACCAACAUUAGCAUGAUGUCGUAUUUAAAGCAACCACCUUACACAGUCAAUGGCCUCAGCUUAACUACUUCCGGAAUGGACCUUUUGCAUCCAUCAGUGGGCUAUCCAGCAACGCCACGGAAGCAAAGGCGAGAGAGGACUACUUUUACGCGCGCACAGCUCGACGUUUUGGAGGCAUUGUUCGCCAAAACUCGCUACCCGGACAUAUUCAUGCGCGAAGAGGUGGCGCUGAAAAUCAAUCUACCUGAAUCCCGAGUACAGGUCUGGUUUAAGAACCGGCGGGCAAAAUGUCGCCAGCAGCAGCAGCAGCAGCAGAAUGGGGGGCAGAACAAGGUGCGACCUGCCAAAAAGAAAAGUUCCCCAACCAGAGAAGUGAGCUCAGAGAGCGGGGCCAGUGGCCAGUUCACGCCCCCCACCAGCACCACCACAGUCCCCGCCAUCUCCACCACCACCGCACCAGUGUCCAUCUGGAGCCCUGCGUCCAUCUCUCCGCUCUCAGACCCCCUGUCUACCUCCUCCUCCUGCAUGCAGAGGUCUUAUCCCAUGACUUACAGCCAGGCCUCGGGCUACAGCCAGAGCUACGCCGGCUCGACGUCCUACUUCGGCGGCAUGGACUGCGGCUCUUACCUCACUCCCAUGCACCACCAGUUGUCAGGCCCUGGCUCAACUCUCAGUCCGAUGAGCACAAACGCGGUCACAAGCCAUCUGAACCAGUCCCCGGCGUCCCUCUCCACCCAGGGCUACGGGACGUCCGGCCUGGGCUUCAACUCCACAGCAGACUGCUUGGAUUAUAAGGACCAAGCGGCGUCGUGGAAGCUGAACUUCAAUGCCGAUUGCUUGGAUUAUAAGGAUCAAACUUCCUCGUGGAAAUUCCAGGUCCUGUGAACAGAGCAAUCAGCUGUCAAAAAGUGCACAAACAGUGACGAUCACAUCAGACACGGCGCUGCCAUCCCUCAAUAAAACACAUCGGACUGGUUAAAAUGUCAGCCGGGCACGGCGAGGCAGGGCUCUCAGGGGUCUCGAGUUUUUUGGCAUGAUGGUCUUUGGUCCUCCUAAAGGAGAAGUUUAAUUUAUUUUAGCACUGGCAGUUUUUCCCCCGUUCAUUCACAGGUUGUAGCCCCUCAUCCAUGUAUGUCAGUGUGUGCCUCUAUGCGUAAAGAACACCUGUUGAGGGCAACAAAGAGUGCACUCUGAAAGAAAACAGCCACGGAACUAAUGUUUAUCCAAGAACAGAACUCACGUUAAUUCUCCUGGUGAAGUGCUCGGGCUGGACAGACCUCCUUUAAGCUUCCUACACAACUUUGCCGACCUGCUGGCAGAGACAUGGGGAUGGUGUGUGGACAUGGAUGCACUACUUUAUUUAAGAAAAAAAGUGUUUAUAAGGAAUCAAUAUGUAGUUUCUAAGAGACAAUCAGUGUGUGUCUUAUAUAAAUGGUACAUAUGUGUUUUUUUUUUUUUUUUUAUCUGUGCUAGCCUUCGAAACUGUGAUCUGUUGUAUUGUAUGCAAUUUGUGAGCCCCCCUCGCAUCAGACUCUCUGCUGUGAUUUUAAUAGAUUUCUAACUUUUUUUGAACAACGAAAGAUGGUUUAAUGGCCGGCAUUACAAAGAGAGACAAGACUUUCCAAGCACAUGGUAGUAAUAAUUAAGAGUUAGCCAUACUGGAAAUGACUCUCGGCUGCUGAGAGCUCCACACUUGCUCCCCCCAUUGAUCUCAACACACGGUGAUUGUGGAUCCUUUACUGGCUCCAAAGAUGGUGUGACCUCACCGCUGAAAAGACAUGAAUAAAGGUCCUGUGAGCUUACUCUUUCAUCAAGAAA